GGGUCUCCAACUAUUUAAACAGCCGCUGGGUUUUCGCUCCUGCAUCACUCCUGCACGCGCACAGCGACGAGACCGAGCACGCUCCUGGCAAAGUUUGCGCCUUUGUUGUUAUAUCAUCAUCAUCUUCAUUACUAUUCUUAUCGUCUUUCCUCGCGAGGUGAAUCCGGGGCUCGUGACCGACAGCAUGCCGAGGUCGUUUCUUGUGGACUCGCUGAUUCUGAGAGAGGCAGGCGGCGGAGGAGAGAAGGGUCGCGCGAACAGCCCCCCGCUCUUCCCCUCUUACUCCGUCCACCAUCCCUCCCAUCCGCUUCACGGCCUCUCGGCGGCGGCGGCGGGGUCAUGCCACGCGCGGAAGGCUCAGGGGGGCUUGCUGUGCUUCUGCCCGCUCUGCGUGACGGCGGCUCCGGCGCCUCAGCUGCACCCGUCGCCCCCCGCGGCUCUGCCUCUCCUGAAGGGGGCGCUCCCGGCCGCCCUGAGCUCGCAGUACUGCCACUCUGCCGCGCUCGCUCUGUCCCGCCAGCACGCGCCCUCGGCCGGCGUCAGCCUGGGACACGGACCGAGCUUGUACCAGACCUCCUACCCGCUGCCGGACCCGCGUCAGUUCCACUGCAUAUCCAUCGACAACAGCAGCAGCCAGUUGCAGAGCAGCAAGCGCAUGCGCACGGCGUUCACGAGCACGCAGCUUCUGGAGCUGGAGCGCGAGUUCACCUCCAACAUGUACCUGUCGAGGCUGCGGCGCAUCGAGAUCGCCACCUACCUGAACCUGUCCGAGAAGCAGGUGAAAAUCUGGUUCCAGAACCGCCGCGUCAAGCACAAGAAGGAGGGAAAGGGCGGGGGCGCGCACCGCGCCGGCGCCCAGCACCAGCACCAGCAGCAGCAGCGCGCCUGCACGUGCUCGUCGUCCCUGUCGUCCGCGCGCUGCUCCGAGGAAGAGGAGGACGCGCCGGGGUCACCUUCAUCUUCGGGGAAAGAGGACGCAGAUCUGUCCGUCAGUCCGUGAAACGCGUCUCGACGCACGCAGAGACUUUACAGAGCAGCUAAAACAAACAAACAAACAAACAGGCGGUGGCUACACACCUAAAAAAUAUGGUUCUACUAGGGUUCUUAAGCAAAGGUAAUAGUUUUACACAGAACCAUGAGUUCUGUAUAGAACCCCUGCGUGCGUAAAUGGUUUUAUACAUGUUGAAAUGGUUCUUCAGAUUGAAGGAGAAUGUGUUUGGUUCUAUAUUGCACCACAAAUAGGUUCUGCUUUUGUGACGACGUCACGCGUGUAUACAAAAGCAGAACUUUGUUUAGUACUUUAUUGCACCUUUUUCAUAUAUAACCACUGAGUUGUGUGUGGUUCUGUUUAGAACCAAAAAAGGUUCUGCUGUAGUUAGGACGUCUAGCUUGUAUAGAAAAACAGAACCCUUUUUGGUUCCGUACACAAGACAUUCUCCAUCAAUCUGAGGAAACAUAUCACCAUGCAAAGAACCACGCACGCAGACCUCAUGGUGCUAAAUAGAACCAUUGCUUUUACUAAAGAACCGCUGGGGAACUUUCUUUUUAAGUGUAUGCCAUGCAACUUAAGUCUGAAGUGUCUUGACUUUUGGCGUAAGUUAUCUGGUCUAUGGAACACACCUGCGCGCGCGCCGUCUCACCUGUAAAUAUAUGUAUAUAAAGAGAGAGAGAGAGAGAGAGAGAGAGAGAGAGAAUAGAGGUUUUAUAUUAAAAACUGUUGUAUAAUUGUAUACAUGUUGUACGAUGUUAGUUUUCUUUUUCUUUCUGAGAACAGAUUACGGUUCCGUCUCCAAACACCUUCCAACGUCACCAAAACGAGUUUGGUGAUAUUUGCAUAUGCAAAUAUUGCCAACAUUCCAAACAGAAAGAUAUAAACUACCCUAGGCUGACUGUUCUGUACGUGCAUCUCAGUCUGGAUGGGCGUUGAUGAUGCUGAUGAUGUUGAUGUUGAUAUCGUUGUUGUUGCUUUUGUUGCUGUUUGGGAAACGGAACGGCCUGAAAUGGAGCAGCUGUGUUCGUGACGAACGCGCGUUCUCCAGACAUCACUUCCACUACAGAAGCCUGUUAUUGUAUGCUCAAUGUACUGAGAAUAUUUAUUUAUUUAAAAAACAAACUUAUUACUGGAAAUAAAGACUAUUUCUUAGUGAAA